CAGUGCAGCAUGUGCUCAGCAGAGCCUGCUCUAGCCUAAGAACUGACAAAGUCAAGACAAUCAGGAUGACAAACGAACCUAUUAAAGAGAUCCUGAGCACUCCAAAGCAUCCUGAUUCUGUAACCACAGAGAAGACUAAUAACAAUGACUGUGUGAUAACCACCAUCCCUCUGGUCAGUGAAUGCCAGCUGACAGCAGCAACAGGGGGAGCAGAACUCUCCUGCUACCGCUGCACCGUUCCCUUUGGCGUGGUUAUCCUCAUAGCUGGCAUCGUGGUUACUGCUGUGGCAUACAGCUUCAACUCCCAUGGAUCCAUCAUCUCCAUGUUUGGAUUAGUCCUCUUGUCAUCAGGACUCCUUCUGCUGGCUUCCAGUGCAGUGUGCUGGAAAAUCAGGCAGCAAAAGAAGAAAGCAAAGAGGCGGGAGAGUCAGACAGCACUCGUGGCAAAUCAGAGAACCUUGUUUGGCUAA